AUGAUUUAGAAUAAGGGUAUUAUAUUUUUUAUUUAUUUUUAUUUUUUAUUCUCUAGAAAUGGAAGAUUAAGAGGUCCAUAAGGCGGAUUUAGAGGUCCUCCAGGAGGUUUUGGACCUUAAGGAGGUUUUGGUCCUUAAGGUGGAUUUGGAGGUCUAGGUGGAUUUGGAGGUUUAGGCGGGCCUGGUGGAUUAGGUGGACCUUCAUUCUUUUGA